AUGCGGAUCCGCAGGCCUCCCAGUAUGCUUGUCUCAGGAGAACAAUUUAUUAGGAUAAAGGACUCUUGCUGCCAUGUGGGUCUGACUCAACACCAUUUGUACCUAGAGAUAGGAGGUGCUGAGACACCUCCUCUGUUUAAGGCUUUCCCAAAUUCUUUUGUUUACGGUUGCAGGCCUCUUAAAUACUGUAUGGCAGAAUGCAGUCUGUCAUUACAAGCUGUGUCACCUUGGGCAGAUUUCUUAACUCCUGAGCUUCAUUUCCUCUUCUGUACAAUGUGGACGAUCCCUACCUCACAGGGCUGCUAUGAAGGCAGAAAGAGAAAGUGUGAGAAGAUACUUACCAAAAGUCUGGAACAUAGCAAGUGUUCAAUAAACUGA